GUACGCUACAUGCCGGGGGUAACAAGUAACUAUAUAAGUUGACAAGGAGCUUAUUUAGCAUCAUUCGCGGUAGUGAGUCGAAUAUAGCACAAUGGCAGCCAAGUUCAUAGUACUCCUCUGCGCGGUGGCGAGCGCCCGCGCCGGCGGCCUUCUCGGCGCAUCAUACGCCGCUCCGCUGACAUACGCUGCCCCAGCCGCUUACGCUGCGCCCGCCGCGCCGCUCGCGUACUCCGCUCCACUCCUCAAAAGCUACGCUGCGCCAGCCCUGUCCGCGUACGCGGCGCCGUCCUUGGCCUACUCCGCUCCAGUGACCUACUCUGCCCCAGUCGUGAAGGCCGUCGCCCCCGCUGUGUCAUCUGUAUCAUCCUACUCGACCCAGACGGCGCACGCCGCUCCGCUUUACGCUAAAGCCGUAGCUCCAGUCGCCGCGUACGCCGCUCCCAUCGCCCACGCUCCUCUAGCGUACUCAAGCUACGCCGCGCCCGCUCCUCUUGCGACCUAUGCACACGCCCCUGUCGCAGCGUACACAGCCCAUGCUCCUGUUGCAACCUACGCGGCGGCUCCCGUCCUCAAGUCCGCACUGACCUACUCCGCCGCUCCCGCUGUCUCCCACGUCUCCUACAGCGGCCUCGCUGCCAACUACGGCUGGUGAUCACCACGACUGUAACUCUAGUUGUUGUACAAAAUUUUUAUAUUUAUUUUUUUACAAUGUAAAACGAAUAAAUCUUAACAAAA